CUCGGUUUGUUUACAACCCGCCAGCAAGCACAUUGGCUUGAUUCGUUUAUUAAACCAUAGACACAAAUGAAUAACUUUUAUCGGUAUAAUCUGGACCAGUCACGGUUCACAGAGUUCAAUAAUUGCUGCUAAAAUGCGAAAAUAACAAGUGAUCCUGCGUUCAAAACAAUUAAAAUGUGCAGGAUUUGAUGCUGAAAUUUUGAAAUAAUUACUAAAUUGACUUUUCUUUGACAGCGACAAGCGAAAUAAUAGAAAUAAAACAAUAAUAUCAUGUUGUGGUAAAAACAAACAAGCAAACAAACAAAACAAAACAAAAAGAAGGAUCUAUAUUGGUCAAAGACUUUGCAACAUUUAUUCCCUUUGUUCCACAGUUAUGAAUUUAAAUGUAAAUAAAUUAUAUUCGAUAACAUGUAUUCAGGACAUCUCACAUUUAAAUCCCCUCCAUGCUUGUGCUUGUAUGUGUCUGUGAAUCUCAAUAAAGCUUUGGCGUUUUGAAGCAUCAUGGCGGCUUGCACGGUGCCUGCAGCUGUCAGAUGCUCAAUGAAGUUUUUAUUCAAAGAUACAGCGCUGACCUCAAAGAAGAUUUGCCGUCUGACAUUCAGUUGCACGGGAAAAAGUUACACUAGUUGGAGGACAUGCAGUUCAUCUUCAUCAUCCUGCUCCUCUGAGUCUCCAGCAGCUGUUUCUACCUUUGCUGAAACUAUUGGACACUAUGAUCACCUCGUUCAGUGUGGUUCCCUGAGGAAAGAUGCUCAGCAGAGACAUGUCCUACAGCAGCUGGCCCAGCUGCAACGUACCCUGAAGAAGUACAGUAACAGCAUCUACCUGAGCCCAUCUCCUCCAAGACUAGACUCAAAAGAUGUCAAGAGUCAACUUCAGAAAGAUAACGCCCCCGACAUUACUACAGCUGAAAACAAAGGUGGCGAAUCGGCUGAUAAGGAAGAACCUGCUCCACCACCACCCAAGGGCUUCUAUAUCUACGGAAAUGUUGGCACAGGGAAGACCAUGCUUAUGGAUUUGUUUUACUCCCGUGUGGAAAACACCCAUAAAAAAAGAGUUCACUUCAAUGGCUUCAUGUUGGACAUCCACAGAAGGAUCCAUCGGAGGAAACAAAGCCUGCCAAAACGAAGGCUAGGGAAUAUGUUCACCUAUGACCCCAUAUCACCAGUUGCCAUGGAGAUCAGCAAUGAAACCUGCCUCUUGUGUUUUGAUGAGUUUCAGGUGACCGACAUCGCUGAUGCCAUGAUCCUGAAGCAGCUCUUCGAGACGCUGUUCAAAACCGGAGUGGUGGUGGUGGCCACUUCCAACAGACCCCCUGAUGAUCUGUACAAAAACGGACUUCAGAGGGACACCUUCCUACCUUUCAUCGACGUGCUGAAGGAGUACUGCCACACCAUCUGCCUAGACGCUGGGAUUGACUAUAGGAGGCUGGACAAUGUUGCAGCGGGGAAACUCUACUACCUCACUGGGGAGCCUGGUGCGGAGGCCUUCAUGGAUGCACUGUUUGAGGAACUGGCUUUAAGACAAAAGAGCAUUACAGGUCCUCAGGUGCUCACAGUGCUGGGCAGAGAUGUGACUCUGGAAAAGACCUGUGGCUCCAUCGCCGACUGCACUUUUGAGGAGCUGUGUGGCAGACCUCUGGGUGCCAGUGACUACCUGGAGAUGGCACGGCUCUUUGACACUGUAUUUAUCCGCCACGUUCCAAGGCUGACGCUGACACUGAAGGACAAGGCCAGACGUUUCACCACCCUCAUAGACAACUUCUAUGACAACAAGGUGAGAGUGGUGCUGCUGGCGGCGGCUCCUUUAGACCGGCUGUUUGUCCACUCUGGAGGGGAGGAUGAGAGGGACCGACAGCUGCUGGACGACCUGGGCCUCAGCGGGGAGGCAGCAGAGCGUCUGACUCUGUUCACAGCCGAGGAGGAGAUCUUUGCCUUCCAGAGGACCGUCUCCAGACUGAUGGAGAUGCAGACCGAGUCGUACUGGGUGGAGGGAGACCGCAGUCACAGCAAUAAACACAUAAACACCUAACAUCCAGUUCUGACUGCCAGGAUAAUUAUAUACCUCCGGACAACUCAGUACCUCACUAAAUACUGACGCUGCAUAAGCAAAAGCUCCUAUUUAGCAGAAACAGAACAGAUCAAGUCUAUUUUGGGCGACCAAAGCUAAAUGUUUUAGGGAAUAAGCAGCAGUUUACUUCAAUUUGUCCAGAAAAGGCCUGGUAUCCAUAGGAAAUAUAGAACUACGUAAAACUGGAUACCUGUUUUCCUUUGGAUUGAACUUCUCUUCAUCUUAUGCAUGUGUGUUAUAUCUUUUUACUGUUUGGUCCUAUUCUGAGAGGCGUCCUCUCUCCCCCUUCAGGACUAUUUAUUUUACAUAGUACAAAAAGCUCUCCAGCAUGUGUGAAACCCUGACAGGUGCUUCUUUCAAGGAAAGAAAGGGGACCAAGUGUCCUUCACAGUAGUUGGCUACCACCCUCUAGUGGUGACAGUGGAAAGGGAAAAAUGUUCUCAAGCUCUUUCUGUUUUUAUGGAGCUACACCAGUGCCUGUGCAGUUUGAAAAUAAACCCUCACUGUGUGAAACCUGGUGUGAAUUUAAAAUGUUAUGCAUUAUGUUAAUCCACGUUUUUAAUGAAUGAGCCCAGAAUUUUGUAUUUAGGGAACGGAUGAGCCAUCUGUAUGUUCAGCUCAGUAGCUGCUAGCCUGGCAUUGAUUCUUAAUCAAUUAGAACUGAUCUUGAUUUUGACUCACACUUUACCAGGAUGGUUUGACUACAGUUGCUAUUUCUAACACGGAACUUUGUUUCUAUCAGAAGUACAGGCAAGGUUUGAACUCUUGAAUCUAGACUUUUAAAGAAGUAGUGUAACGUGGGUGUGUGGCCAAGAUCAGCAGUCCAAUGUCAUAGAUAAAAAAAAAAAUGCAUAUUGAUUA